CAAAGAGAGAGAAACAAAGAGCGAGAAACAGAGAGAGCUGAAGGGGAGAGAAGCUGAAGCGAGGAGGGGGGUUUGACCGGGGAGGGGUGUCUCGGAUGCGAGGAGGAGGCCCUGAAGGGGAGGCUCGGCGUUGUUUAUCUGCAGCGGCGAGGUUUGGACGAGUUCCCUCCACAUGCCAGCCGCGCUCCCCUCCCCCAAGCCAGGAGUGGAGCCCUUCCGCUGGGCCCUGGAGGUGCAGAGAUCAGGCGAUGCAGAGGGCUUAGCGCUAGCCGCUAGCCGUUAGCCGCUAGCGCGCUGCACGGGGCUAACUGACCUAUGAUGGAUGUGUAGAGUUCAGGAUGGACUCGGUGCUGUCUUUCUUCGGUUUGGACUGUGCAAGAAGGAAAGAGAAAGAGGAGGAGAGAUGUCUACGAGCAAAUGAUAGAGAGUUUAACCUGUCCUUCAGAUAUGCCACGAACGCCAUUAAAACCUCCAAGUACAACCUGCUGACCUUCCUGCCACUCAACCUCUUCGAGCAGCUCCAGAGGCUGGCCAAUGCCUACUUCUUCUUCCUGCUCAUGCUCCAGCUGAUACCAGAAAUCUCCUCCCUGUCCUGGUUCACCACCGUGGUCCCCCUGGUCCUGGUGCUGUCUGUAACUGCUGCCAAAGAUGCCAGCGAUGACCUUAACCGGCACAAAAGUGACAAGCAGGUCAACAACCGCAAAGCCAAAGUCCUUGUCGACGGACAACUUAGGAGUGAAAAAUGGAUGGAUGUGCAAGUGGGUGACAUCAUCAAGCUGGAAAACAAUCAGUUUGUUACGGCAGAUCUUCUGUUGCUCUCCAGCAGCGAGCCCAUGAACCUGGUAUACAUCGAGACUGCCGAGCUGGACGGAGAGACCAACCUGAAGGUGAAGCAGUCGCUGACAGUGACAGGGGACAUGGGCGACUGCAUCGAAUCCCUGGCCGCCUUCAACGGUGAGGUGCGCUGUGAGCCACCAAACAACCGCCUGGACAAGUUUGCCGGGACCCUGACGUACCAGGGGGAGAAGUACUCCCUGGACAACGACAGGAUUCUGCUGAGAGGCUGCACACUGCGCAACACAGAGUGGUGCUUCGGCCUGGUGGUGUUUGGAGGUCCAGACACCAAAUUGAUGCAGAACUGUGGGAAAACGAUAUUCAAACGCACAAGCAUCGACCACCUCAUGAACGUGCUUGUACUUUUUAUCUUUGGGUUCCUGGCCUUCAUGUGCACCAUCCUUGCCAUUGGCAAUGUUAUCUGGGAGCGCCAGGAGGGGGCGCUGUUCACUGCCUUCCUGCCCAGGCCCGAGGGGGUGAACGCUCCAUUCUCUGGCUUCCUCACCUUCUGGUCCUACGUCAUCAUCCUGAACACCGUGGUGCCCAUCUCCCUCUACGUCAGUGUUGAGAUCAUCCGCCUGGGGAACAGCUUCUACAUCGACUGGGACAGGAAGAUGUACUUCGCCCGGAGCGACACGCCCGCGGAGGCCCGCACCACCACCCUGAACGAGGAGCUGGGUCAGAUCAAAUACAUCUUCUCCGACAAGACAGGCACCCUCACCCAGAACAUCAUGACCUUCAACAAGUGCUCCAUCAACGGGAAGUCCUAUGGUGAUGUGCUGGACUUUGGUGGACACAGAGUUGAAGUCACUGAUAGGACAGACAAAGUGGACUUUUCCUACAACCCUCUGGCCGAUCCCAAGUUCGUCUUCCACGACCACAGCCUGGUGGAGGCAGUGAAACUGGAGAAUGUGGAGGUCCAGGCCUUCUUCCGCCUGCUGUCGUUGUGUCACACCGUCAUGGCCGAGGAGAAGACCGAGGGCGAGCUGCUGUACCAGGCCCAGUCGCCAGACGAGGGCGCACUCGUCACCGCCGCCCGCAACUUCGGCUUCGUGUUCCGAUCGCGCACGCCAGAGACCAUCACGAUCGUGGAGAUGGGGGUCCAGAGGAGCUAUGAUCUUCUGGCCAUCCUGGACUUCAACAAUGUCCGCAAAAGGAUGUCUGUCAUUGUGCGCAAUCCAGAGGGCAGACUGACCCUGUACUGUAAAGGUGCCGACACCAUUGUUUAUGAGCGACUGCAUCCGUCCUGCAGAAAGCUCAUGGAGGUCAACACAGAGCACCUCAACGAGUAUGCGGGGGAGGGGCUGCGCACGCUGGUUCUGGCCUAUAAGGACCUGGAGGAGGAGUACUUACAGGACUGGAAGCAGCGGCACCACGACGCCAGCACAGCGCUGGGCAACCGCGAGGAGCUGCUGGACGACCUCUACGAGGAGAUAGAGAAGGACCUGCUGUUGCUAGGGUCCACUGCAAUUGAAGACAAGCUCCAGGAUGGAGUUCCUCAGACUAUUGAGCAGCUGUCCAAGGCCGACAUCAAAAUCUGGGUGUUGACUGGAGACAAACAGGAGACGGCGGAGAACAUCGGCUACUCCUGCAACAUGCUGCGGGAGGAAAUGUCCGACAUCUUCAUCGUGGCGGGAAACUCGCCAGAGGAAGUGGCAGAGGAACUCAGGAGCGCCAGGCAGAAGAUGAAGCCAGAGGCAGGAGAUGAACCUCCCUUCAUCAAGACCUCGAUUCUGGGUAAAAAAACCAAGGUGGUCGCUGAGGAAAGCGUGGACGGGGAGUAUGCGCUGGUGAUCAACGGCCACAGUUUGGCCUAUGCCCUGGAGAAGAGCCUGUGUCUGGAGCUGCUGAGGACGGCCUGCAUGUGUAAGACAGUGAUCUGUUGCCGGGUAACGCCCCUGCAGAAGGCCCAGGUGGUGGAGCUGGUGAAGAAGCACAAGAAGGCCGUUACCCUGGCGAUCGGGGAUGGGGCCAAUGAUGUCAGCAUGAUCAAGGCGGCACACAUCGGCGUGGGCAUCAGCGGUCAGGAGGGCAUGCAGGCGGUGCUGUCCAGCGACUUCUCCUUCGCCCAGUUCCGCUACCUGCAGCGCCUCCUGCUGGUGCAUGGCCGCUGGUCCUACCUGCGCAUGUGCAAGUUCCUGCGCUACUUCUUCUACAAGAACUUCACCUUCACCUUUGUCCACUUCUGGUACGCCUUCUACAGCGGAUUCUCCGCACAGACCGUUUAUGAUGAAUGGUUCAUCACUCUGUAUAAUCUGGUGUACACUGCUCUCCCUGUUCUGGGCAUGAGUCUCUUUGACCAGGAUGUGAACGACCGCUGGAGCUUCCAGUACCCACAGCUGUACGUCCCCGGGCAGCUGAACAUGUACUUCAGUAAGAAGGCGUUCUUCAUCUGCCUGCUGCACAGCUGGUACAGCUCCAUAGUGCUGUUCUUCAUCCCCUACGGCGCCAUGUACGACACGCUCCGCGAUGACGGACACGACAUCGCCGACUACCAGUCCUUCGCACUGCUGGCGCAGACCUGCCUGCUCAUCGUGGUCUGCAUACAGCUGGGCCUGGACACGUCCUAUUGGACAGCGGUGAACCAGUUCUUCCUGUGGGGCAGUUUGUCUGUGUACUUCGCCGUCAUCUUCACCAUGUACAGCAACGGCAUGUACCUCAUCUUCACCGCCUCCUUCCCUUUCAUUGGUACGGCCAGGAACUCGCUGAACCAGCCCAAUAUGUGGCUAACGGUGCUGCUCACCUCCAUCCUGUGUGUGCUGCCUGUGGUGGCGUAUCGCUUUGUGCUGAUACAGCUACGGCCCACCAUCAACGACAAGGUGAGGUUGAAAGUGAGGCAGGUUAAAGCCGUGCUGCCCCCCGCCCCGCGGCGCCGGCACAUCAGACGCACCAGCACCCGCCGCUCGGGCUACGCCUUCUCGCACGCCCAGGGCUACGGCGACCUGGUGACCUCCGGCCGGUACCUGCGACGCCCCGCUCUGAACCGCUCCGCCUUCACCCCCCCCGGCCGCCAGCAGGGGGACGAGCCCGAGCCGCAGACCUACAGGGCCAUCGGGGAUCACCACGGGAACGCCCAGGCCACGCCCUAA